GCUCUCACCAUCCAAGACGAAAGGCGCACGAGCCGGAGAACAGCAGCUAUAUAGCGCGGCUAAAAUUAGGGACGGAUAGUGCGUAUUUCCUCCGCUUCGUACAAUUGGUCCAGCUUCUACUGCCGUGAUAUUUAUAAGAUAAGGUCUUCCACCACUCAUACUUGCUGCAUGAGUGUGAAACAGAGAGUUUAACAGCAGAAACCGAGUUGUAGUGCACUACAACCAAAGUUUCUUGGAGGGAUUGCAACUGGUCCCCGAUUUUUAAAGCUUUUUAAUUUUACUGGGACGACUGGAAAUGGCUUUGACUGGAACAAUUUUACCGUCUAUUUCCACAUUUUCAGCACAGAAGGAAAAAUGCUGGGAAAACAGGUGGAAGGAUGAACUGGACAGGUCCAUGCAUCUCAGCUGCAUAGCUGACAUAACAAACAUGGACAACCUCAACAGAGCAAUAGACGACGAAGAUCUUGAUAAAUAUCUGGAUCUGGAGUUUAUUCUGGCCAACACUGCGGGUUCUGAUAAUCUCGGACUCGGUAUGGGAAGCGAUUACAGAAUGCAAGAAUCCAGAAACAUGUACAACCCCACCGCAUACUCGGUGCCCGAGAUCAACCCGUCACCUCCGCCGUAUACUACCAGCCUCAUGGCAGAGCUUCUGCAAUCCGAUGUAGACACCUACUGCCAGUCAUCUCUGCCCAACAACACCCAGGGAAGAUUCCUGGUCAGGUCUAUCUUCCCCAAUCAGGACAUUUCGGAGUGUAUCAAAGUGGAGCCCUGCAUGGACAGUUAUGGACCUGCAAGAGGAAUGGUUCCUAAAGUCAAACAAGAAGGCAACGGUGCAUGCAUGAGGUCAUAUGAGCAGCCAAGACUGGCCAACUCACCCCAGGGGGCAGGCAGCAUGACUCCACCGCAGAGCCCCGCGGAGCUCAUCAACACAGACUGUCAGUCACAGAUGUGCCACGCGAUGACGUUCAAGCAGGCUUACCAAGGCAACACGGGGUUUCCCCAUGCCGCACCUCCACAGAUGCACCUGUCUUACCCAAAUGCGCAUCACUUCAGCGUGUGCGACGACGGGCUUGGAAUGCCCAACGCCAACCAAAGAGUACUUCUGACACCACCCUCAUCUCCUCUGGAGAUGGACGCCAAACCAAAAAGGGGACGUCGCACCUGGCCGAGGAAACGGACAGCGUCUCACACUUGCACUUUUUCUGGAUGUGGCAAAACCUACACAAAAAGUUCCCACUUGAAGGCGCAUCACAGAACGCAUACAGGUGAGAAGCCCUACCACUGCAGCUGGGAAGGUUGUGGCUGGAAGUUUGCCCGUUCUGAUGAACUGACCCGUCACUUCCGCAAGCACACCGGACACCGACCCUUCCAGUGCCAUCUGUGCGAGCGCGCCUUCUCCCGGUCCGACCAUCUCGCCCUCCAUAUGAAACGCCAUAUGUAGGAACUGCCUCUGAAAAUUUGGACUAAACGCACUGAACAAUGAACAUCAUGGAUGUCAAAGCAAGCAUUUUGUCUGUACCCUUUAUUUAAAGUAUGACAAAAGAGGAAAAAUGAACUGACUUGACCUAUUGCUGAAUCCUAAACAGUCUUUUGCAUUGUAGCUGGUUCUACACUUCAUUUCUUUACAGAUUUUUUUUAAAGAAACAAAAUAUAUUUUCCUUUUCCAAUGAGCUUGACAAAUGCCAAACAAGUUCAACUCAUGUUAGGCUGGACCUAAACCUCAAGACGGAACUGGAAUCAGACAGUUAAAUGUGUUUAAGUUAACAUGAUGUACUAUGGACAUGACAACAGUGCCUUUUAAUUCAUGUAUACAUCUCACGAGUGCCAUAAAUACUCUUGGCAUUUUUAAAAAAAAUUGUAUGCUAUUGUUUCAAGAAACUAAAUAAGCUUUGUAAGACAAUGUUUUCUUCUUUCAAAACUGCCUUAAAAGUUAACAAAAGGGCGUUAACUGAAUGUUUUUAAGUAAUUGAAGUAAUUUGUGCAUUUAUCGACAUAAACAUUUAAAAAUCAGGGUCUUAUGGUUUUUUCGUUUCUUUUUUUUUCUAACGUAUUCUUACAAAUUUGUAUGUUGUUAACGUGAAUUGCAGACUGUCCCAUGUUCGGAUGACAUGAUAAGGGCUAUGUGAGUUGUUCUGGACCAAACAUUUUAUGUACAUAAUUUAUACACUGUAAAUAUUGUACUUAAUGUACAUAUUAAACUUAAUUGAGAUAUAAA